AUGAACAACUACACAGUGAACUUCACCACACCUGAAGAAUCUACAAACUCCACAACGGAUUCUUUCUGGUUACUUGAAAGUCUCAAAAUUUGUAUUUUCAGCAUCAAUCUCCUGUUUGGUCUUCCUACUCACUCCUAUGUUAUAUGGUUCAUCAUCACAGGAACAGGAAGUGGAGUCGCAUCAGAGUUCUUCAACCUCAAUCUCUCUGUUUGUGAGCUUGGUGUUUGUCUGAAUUGUUUGUUUUAUAUAAUGUCAGUUUGCUUUCAGAGAAUCUCAAAAUUACCACUCUUUUUACUAGGCCUAUGCAUUACUGGCCGUCCUGUGUUUCAGUGUCUGAUGUGUGUUGAGCGUUACCUGGCAGUGGUUCAUCCUGUAACCUUUCUGAAGUACAAACCUCUCAGAUAUAGAGUGAUCUGCUGCACUGCAGCCUGGAUAACUAUUCUUGGCUCCUGCUUCUGUUCCUUAUUUAUUGACUUCACAAAAAAUGGACAAAUACAUUCACAUUUAUUCUCGCUGCAGUUCCUACCGGCCCUCUGCAUCCAGUUGUUUUGUGUUGUGGCUGUUCUCAGAGCUCUGAAGCAGUCCGGACCAGGAGAGAGAAGAAGAGAGAGAGAGGAGGAAAACCACAUGAAGAGAAGAGCAUUUCAAAUCAUUCUAAUUACUACGGGGAGCAUGGCUAUCAUAUAUGUCCCAUUUGCUACAAUAGGAUUAUUUACCAUUCUAACAAACCACUUUAUUCAUAAACUUUGGAUCACUGGUCUGAUUUGUUAUAUACUGGCUGGUUUUGUUCAGCCUGCUCUUUAUCUGCACCGCAUUGGGAAACUCUCCUGCUCUUGUGCACCAUGA